AGCGAUCUCGCGUUGAUGUGCGUUUAGUGAAUAAAUUUACAGGUCGAUAUGGAGCAGAAGCACGUAUAGCUCAACAAAAUUUUCAUAGUUGUGCAAUCUUUGAUGAAAAUUUAGUUGCUAUUCAGCUAAAGAAGACAAGUAUAACAAUCAAGAAACCAAUUUAUGUUGGUCUCUGUAUUCUCGAUUUGUCAAAAACAUUAGUAUAUGAUUUUCAUUAUUCAUAUAUGAAACAACGAGUAGGAAAAAAUGUAAACUUCUUUAUACAGAUACAGAUAGUUUAAUAUACGAAGUUGCGGACAUUGAUAUGUAUCAAAUAAUGAAAGAAGAUAUACACAAGUUUGAUACUUCUGAUUAUGAUGAGAAUAAUCAGUUUGAAAUUCCGCGUGUUAAUAAAAAAGUUCCUGGAUUGAUGAAAGACGAAUGCUGUGGCAAGAUUAUGACAGAGUUCGUAGGUUUAAGAAGCAAAAUGUAUAGUAUUUUGAUUGAUGGAGCUGAGACAGUGAAAAAAGCCAAAGGGAUAAAAUCCAAUGUAGUAAAGAAAUCAAUCACAUUCGAAGAUUAUCGAAAAUGUCUUCAAGAUCUUGUUAUUAUAAAACGUGAGCAGUGCAAUAUUCGUUCAAAAUUAUACAUAGUCCAUACUGAAAAACAAGAAAAAAUUGCUCUAAGUCCUCACUAUGAUAAAAGAUACUUAUUACCUCAUAGUACAGAUACUUUGCCCUGGGGUCAUUACAGAAUUAUGGAAGAACAGAUGGCGCAAGCUGCAAUGCAUGUAGAGGGGGAAGCGGAGGAGAGGGGAUACAAUGCAGCUAAUGGCAAUGAAGCAGAAGAAAAAAGAGAGGGAGAAAGUGGGAGGGGGGAUGAAGGUGAACAAAUCAGGAUUGAAUACGAUGUGCCUGAGGAGUUCAUGCACGAAUGGGAUCCAUCAUUAGAUAAGAUAAGAUUAGAAUCAGAAGAGAGAAGGGAUAUCUUACUAGAGGCAAUGGAAAGGGCAGGAAUUCUGGUGGGAAAUGGGCUAUAUGAACGCACGGACAACAAUGAGGAGCACAUUCGAGAAAUCGAAGCGAACAACGAACCUUCUACAAAGAGACCAAGGCUCACCUAACUUCAUAAUAAAAUGGAUCUAUCUGCACUCAACAAGAUUGCUGAGCGAGAGUUCUUGCCAAAGAAAAGAGCAACAGACAUG